UGGCAACAAACCCAUGACAACCCAAAAGUUUUAAAAUGGCAGCUAAUCAUCUUACUGCCAGGGAAGUUUACAGAUUGCAAAAUGCACACGAAUUUAGAAAGCUUGAAAAGCAAAUAAAUCCUGAUGUCGAAACAGUUUGGAUUAUUAAGAAAUACGACCCAAACGAUGAGCGAACCAUCGCACCAGUUCCUCGAUAUAAGUUAGUGACACCAAGACAUGAGCCUGUCUUCAUUGAAAGACAUUGGAUUCCCAAAAGUGAAACACCAUUUACAGUCUUUAGAGAGCGCACAUACUCAGAUCCAAAGAUUUUCCAUUUAUCUCAUCCAGCAACAAGAAGCCAAGAGUGGUCUACCCUGAGACAAAUGCUGCCAACAUUUAAUAGUGUCAGUCGAGUAGAACAGCAAAAUUGGGGAGUUUCUUCUAGUGGCAUAGCAACACCAGUUAUCAAAAUGCCAGAGAGAAUGCCCCAUAUCAACAGUUGCUUUACAAAAUAUGUAGAUGUCAUGUGCCAGGGACACAGAGGAUUCAAGCUCUAUUAAGUUAAUUAAACAACAUCCGCCAAUAUUCAUGGACUAGAACGGUUGAUUAGAAAAGGUUGUUUCAACUUCUACUGAAAGAAAAUGCCAUCUUGAUAGCCACUAGUACCAUCAAAUGUAUUAAAUAAUGUAUUAACUUUUUACAAAGCUUAUUUCAACUCACUGUGUCUGCCUGAUAAAAAGUUUGUACACAUUAUUUCUCCCACACCCAAUCUCGGAUCAAGCUGAAAUUUUGCACAAUUAUUUCUUUUACCAGACAACACAAGAAUCAAUAAAAACAAAAUUAGCCAAUUAACUAUCAGUAAUAAAUUAUUACAAGGGAAAUAAACAAACAAGGGAAAGAAUUUUUACUUGACUGAAGUGGUGGUAAAAGCUGAAUUAGUCCUCUUUGUAGGUCAUCAUCAGAGUCUUAGUGAACACAACAUGAAAAAUAGGACGAGACUAUAAAAACAAUAGAUAACUCUAAAAUAUUCCAUGUUCAUAGGCUCUCCACUAGCACUGUAGUUACUGUGUUGGCUUGGAAAGCCUGAAAAGGUUUGAGUCAUGAGUUUGAAUUCAGUUUGUUUCCCCCUUUUUUUUAAAUGUUUAUAAAUGCUUUUAUAUUGUUAGCCUAGAUCUAUUACAAAUUUAAUUACAUCACUGAUCCAAACUAAUUGAUACAACCAUGCUUAAUAUAAGCUUUGUUUUUUUUUAAAGUAUUCAAAUUGUGAAACAUUGUUGUUUCUUGUACUUUCUAGACAUCCUCAUUAAUUAAUCAUUAGAAAUAUUUAUGGUAUUCUAAAUUAACAUAAUUUUAAAUAUAUCUAUCUAAAUUUAUCUAUCUGUAAUUUUGCUGGUCUUUACCUCAAGUGUAAAAUAUUCCCAAAUGAAAAGAAGAAAGGAACAUAAAAAAAGAAAUUUCUUACUAUUAAUAUAUCUCCCUUGCCUUAAAACUAAAAUUCUCUUAAUAAACUAUCUGCAAAACAAUUUACAAGUUACAUCUAUUUGUUUAGAGAGUUUUGUAAGUAUUUUUAUUGAUGCCAACUAUGAGAGUAGUGAAAAAGAUACAAAUUGUCACAGUCAUUUAAAUAAACACAUGUAAUCAACGGAUUCAGUGCUUAAAUAGUUUUGGCCUAAUUGUACAUGCUUAUAUAUUGAGGUAUUUUAUUUUUUCAAUAUUGUUGCUUUUUUCAACAAGAGUCGGCUCAUUUCAUUUUAUAGUAUUAUAUUAAAAUGGCAUAAUUGUGACUAGAUUUGAACAAUGGUAAACUGUUUUAAAACCAAAUUUGUUGGAAGUCAAUUUAAAUCAUAUGAAUCUCAUUUCAUUUUGUUCCAUUCAAAUACCAAAAUCAGUAUUAAUAUUAAAUCAACUUUGCUUUUAAAAAUGCACAUAUAACUUUUUUCAAUGUUUAUGAAUCAAUGAAGCAGUAUUACCUUAUUUCACUUGUUAUAUAUGUCUAUUUCACUUGUUAUCUCUUUGUUUCACCUGUAACUGCUUUUUCACAUUUAUCUUUUUGUUACUCAUUGAGUUAUAAACUACAGCUAUAUCAAACUUCAUAUUUUCACUCUUUAAAUGAGGAGAUCCACAUCGCUAUGGGUGUUAGUAAUCCAUCUCCUAGGAUGAACUUGACCAAAAACUAAGUACACUGGUCAGUGUUUUAAAUUAGAAAUUUUACUACAUAUUUAAACUUAUAUCUGUUUUAAUUAGAAUAUUUAUACAUUUUUUAAAACUUGGCAAUAAAAUAUUAAAUGCCACUUUU